CUGGCGGUAACCCCGCCCCGGGCGCUCGCAGCUCGGCAGACCGCGACCGGGAGCUGGAGGCGGCGGGCGGCCGUAGAGCGCGAGCGCAGGCUUCCCGGAGGCUUCCCGGCGCCAUGGGGGCGGAGAAGAAGCUGCUGCCGGUCAAGGAGGCCUUUCAGCUGGCGCAGCAGCCGCACCAGAACCAGGCGAAGCUGGUGGUGUCGCUGAGCCGCACCUACCGCACGAUGGAUGACAAAACAGUUUUCCAUGAGGAGUUCAUUCACUGCCUUAAAUAUGCCUUGGUGGUGUAUAAACGUGAACCAGCUGUAGAGAGAGUCAUCGAUUUUGCAGCAAAGUUUGUUACUUCCUUUCACCAAUCUGAUGUGGACAAUGAUGAGGAAGAGGAAGAUGGCGGCAUUUUAAAUUACUUGUUUGCUUUUCUGCUAAAGUCUCAUGAAGCAAACAGCAGUGCAGUUAGAUUUAGGGUGUGUCAGCUCAUAAACAAGGUCUUGGGUACUAUGCCAGAAAAUGCCCAGAUUGAUGAUCAUCUGUUUGACAACAUUAAUGAAGCCAUGCUUAUUCGACUGAAAGACAAAAUUCCAAAUGUGAGAAUACAGGCAGUUCUGGCUCUUUCACGACUUCAAGACCCCAAAGAUGAGGAAUGCCCUGUGGUUAAUGCAUAUAUUACUCUGAUUGAAAAUGAUUCAAAUCCAGAAGUUAGGCGGGCAGUGUUGUCAUGUAUUGCACCAUCAGCGAAGACCUUGCCCCAAAUUGUAGGGCGCACCAAGGAUGUCAAAGAGUCUGUUAGGAAGCUGGCUUAUCAGAUUCUAGCUGAAAAGGUUCACAUGAGAGCUCUGUCCAUUGCCCAGAGAGUAAUGCUCCUUCAGCAAGGUCUUAAUGACAGAUCAGAUGUUGUGAAACAGGCAGUGCAUAAGCCCCUUCUUCAAGGCUGGUUACGCUUCAGCGAAGGAAGCAUAUUAGAGCUGCUGCAUCGCUUGGACGUGGAGAACUCCUCAGAAGUGGCCAUUUCAGUCCUCAAUGCGUUUUUUGCAGUGACUCCUCUUAAUGAGUUGACAGAAGUCUGUAAACAUAAUGAUGGCAGGAAAGUGAUACCAGUGGAAACAUUAACUCCCGAAACUGCACUAUAUUGGCGUGUCCUUUGUGACUAUUUGAAAUCAAAAGGAGAUGAAGGUGAAGAACUUUUAGAGCAGAUUUUGCCAGAACCUGUGGUAUAUGCAGAGUAUUUAUUAAGUUACAUUCAGAGUAUUCCAGUCGUAAAUGAGGAACAGAGAAGUGAUUUUGCCUACAUUGAAAAUUUGAUGACAAAGGAGUUCAUAGGUCAACAACUGAUUCUAACUAUCAAGUCUUUGGAUACUAAUGAGGAAGGAGGAAGAAAACGGCUGCUGGCUAUGUUACAGGAGAUUCUUACUCUACCCACCACCCCAGUAUCUCUCAUUUCUUCCCUUGUUGAGAGACUGCUCUAUAUCAUAACAGAUGACAGUCAGAGGACACAAAUUGUCACGGAAAUCAUCUCAGAGAUUCGGGCGCCUAUUGUCACCAUUGAUGUCAAUGAUCCAGCUGACACAAGAAGGAAAGAACUCAAGAUGGCUGAACUAAAAGUUAAACUCAUUGAGGCGAAAGAAGCUUUGGAAAAUUUUGUUGCAGUGCAGGAUUUUAUUCAAGCGUCAGAAUUAAAAGAAAAAAUAAAAGCUCUGGAAGAUGCCAGAGCAACCCUCUUGAAAGAGAUGGAGCAACCUGAAAUUAAGGAGGUUCAGACAGAGAAGAAUGAUUCUGAAACACUACAGAAGUGCCUUAUUUUGUGCUAUGAACUGCUGAAGAAGAUGUCCACUUCAACAGGUAUUGGCGCAACCAUGAACGGCCUCAUUGAAUCGUUGAUUCUUCCUGGAAUAAUAAAUGUUCAUCCUGUAGUGAGAAAUUUGGCUGUUUUAUGCUUGGGAUGCUGUGGACUACAGAGUCAGGAUUUUGCACGCAAACACUUCAUACUGCUAUUGCAGGUCUUGCAAAUUGAUGACGUGACAAUAAAAGUGAGUGCUUUAAAUGCGAUCUUUGACCAACUUAUGACGUUUGGGAUUGAACCAUUUAAAACUAGUGAAUCCAAAGACCUUAGUGGAAGUGCGGAAGCAAACACCAGCGAAGAGCAAGAGCCAAAAGAAAGUGAAGAAGAGACUGCUACAGCUAAGAAUAUUCUGAAGCUCCUUUCUGACUUCUUAGACAACGAGGUGUCUGAACUCAGGACAAGAGCUGCGGAAGGCUUAGCCCAGCUGAUGUUCUGUGGACUUCUGGUCAGCAGCAGGAUUCUUUCUCGUCUUAUCUUGCUUUGGUACAAUCCUUUGACUGAAGAGGACGUACGCCUUCGACAUUGCCUGGGAGUAUUCUUCCCCCUGUUUGCCUAUGCAAGCAGAACCAAUCAAGAAUGCUUUGAAGAAGCCUUUCUUCCAACUCUGCAAACACUGGCCAGUGCCCCUGCAUCUUCUCCUCUAGCUGAAAUAGACAUCAGUAAUGUUGCUGAAUUACUUGUGGACUUGACAAGACCAAGUGGAUUAAAUCCUCAUGCCAAGAAUUCACAGGAUUAUCAAGAGUUAACAGUCCAUGACAAUUUGGCUAUGAAAAUUUGCAAUGAGAUCUUGACAUCUCCGAAUUCUCCAGAAGUUCGAGUCUAUACAAAAGCCUUGAGCUCUUUAGAACUCAGUAGCAAUAUUGCUAAAGAUCUUUUGGUUCUGUUGAAUGAGAUUUUGGAGGAAGUAAAAGACAGAACAUGUCUGAGAGCUUUGGAGAAAAUCAAGAUUCAGUUAAAAAAGGGAAAUAAAGACUGUGCUGACCAGACAGGAAUGACACAGGUCAUCAACACAACUCUGGCUGUCUCUCAAAAUGAAGAUGAAAUGGAUAAAGAAGCAUAUAUGACUCCUCUCAAGGAUGUAAAAGUAACCCAUGCCACAAAAUCCACUCAUCGAAAGACUAACAGAGGACGGAGAAGAGUGACAGCCUCAGUGAGGACGAGCCGAAGACGCCAGACUGUGGAGGCUGAUUCUGAAAGUGAUCCUGACAUUCCUGAGCCGGUAUCACAAAUGAAGAUGAGGUUACCCAGACGAGCCAAAACAGCAGCGCUCGAAAAAAGCAAGCUGAACCUUGCCCACCUUCUCAGUGAAGAUACAAGUUAGGAGAAGGUGGAGACCGUUUCUCUCUCUCUGUCUCUCUCUUUCUCUUUUCUUUUCCCCUUUAUUUUUAGAUCUUUAAUAAAUUUUACCUUUGUGUCCAAAUCAGAAAAA